AUGUCCACGCAAGCUGCAGACCAGCAAGGCUUGGAAAAGCCAGGCGCAAGCAUCGAGAAGCCAGGCGCGUCGACUUAUUCUGCCCGUACGCCCGACGCUUCAUCAGAGCUCGGCUCGGUCGACGCCAUAGAAGUACACGAUGAUCCGGCGGCCGAACGAGCACUCACGCGCAAGAUCGACUUGCACGUCCUGCCCAUGCUUACCCUGCUCUACCUGCUUUCCUUCUUGGACAGAACAAAUGUUGGCAACGCCCGCGUACAAGGUCUCGCGACCAAGACCCAUCUCGGUACAGGUUCGGCGUACAACGUCGGCCUCGCACUCUUCUUCGUAGGAUAUGCAGCUUUCGAAGUGCCAGCGAAUCUCACCUUGAAGCGCUUCAACCCCCGUGUCUGGCUGCCGACUCUCACCCUCGUCUGGGGAGCAGUGACGAUGCUGCAGGCUCUCGUCGUCAACAAGUCUGGCUUUUUCGCCGUCCGCUUCUUCCUCGGCGUCACCGAAGCAGGUCUCUUCCCGGGCACUACUUUCCUCUUCAGCUACUGGUACACACGGGAGCAGCGAGCUGUGCGCGUCGCUUUCUUCUUUGCCGCCGCCGCUGCUGCCGGCUCGCUUGGCGGCAUCCUCGCUUACGGUCUCGGUCAUAUCAAUACUUCCGUCAUCGAUGGCUGGCAGGCUAUCUUUCUCAUCGAGGGUGCCAUCACAGUACUGGUCUCUCUGGUCGCCUAUGCCGUCGUACCCACUUGGCCCACGGACAGCAAACGAUUCACUGCCUCCGAAAAGGCUCGCUUGUUCCGCCGUUUGCGACUUGCAAGCGAUUCUGCCGAUAUGGAACACUUCAACUGGCACGGUAUUAGAAGCGCUUUCACCGACUACAAAGUAUGGCUGUACGCCUUUCUGUUCCACGGUGCGGCUUUCUCUCUGUAUACCAUCUCACUCUUCUUGCCCACCAUCAUAACAGCACUCGGUUACAAAGCUGCAGAUGCACAGCUGCUCACUGUUCCUGUCUAUUUCCUCGCAGCCAUCGUGACGCUUACCUCUGCCUUUAUCAGUCAGCGCACCGGCCGCAUAGCCAUCAACAUCCUGCUCUCCUUGUCAGUCUCGUUGAUCGGCUAUGUCGUCAUCAUCUCUGUUCAGCACACAGCGGGGCAAUACAUUGCGACUUUCUUGAUCGCAUGCGGUACCUAUUCCGCCACAGGCUUGUUGCUCGCCUGGCCCAUUAUUAACGUCUCAUCUCAAAGCAAGCGCUGUGUCGCCGCUGCCAUCCAGAUCAGCGUUGGCAACUGCGGCUCGAUCAUCGGCGUCCUCAUCUAUAGGCCACAAUUCUCGAAAGACCACUAUCGAAAGGCACACAUCAUCACGAUUGGCUUCCUCCUGCUUGCCGUCUUCUGCGCAUCGACGCUCUGGAUGACUUUGAAACGCGACAACAGACAGCGUGAUAGACUGGCUGCGCGGCAAGGCGAGGAACAAGCAGAAGAGAAGCCGCUUGCCUAUGUCGAUCAAGACGCCGAUAGCAAGCAUUCGCUGGGCGACAAGCACCCAGCCUAUAGAUAUCGUUACUAA